AAUGCAUUGUUCCAUCUGACACCGUCGUAAAUACGUCUGAAAAAAAGAAACCAGUACAAUUAAAAGAACAGAAAGAUAUUCAAGAAACACCUACAUCUAAAAUAUAUAAAAUAAGUGAAUCUGCUAACGACAAAAUUGGAGAUAAUCGUAAAUUUGAAAGGAUCUAUAUUAGUGGGUGCGAGAAACCAAAAGUUUUGCCGGUUGCAGUCAUGAGUGAAAAGGAUAAUGUUGAGUGCAUCAAAUUUGAUAUUGAAUCUGCAAAUCGCAAAGAAAAAAUUACUCCAGGCUGGUGCGAAUAA